AUCCCAUGUUCCUCACCUAGAUAUUCAUAUUUUAGGAAAACAAUAUUUUAUAAUAAGUAAAGAAUUUUAGCAUUUAAUAAGCUAUCAUUAGCUUACUAUUAAUAGAGUUGCUAAAAUUAUUUAAAAGACAACUAAACUUUUUUUUUCAGUUCACUGAUUUUAUGAUUUAUGUCAACGGUUUAUAGUUACAUAGAGAAAUGUAACAGAUUUACUCCUCACGGUGUUUUUACGACUCUUCUCUAUUAGGCAAAAAUAACAAUUGAGAAAUUGGCGUACAUUAAUCCAUUAUUUGGUUAUUUCAAAGGAUUUAAUCAAGUAUACAUUGAAAUAUUUUCACUACGUCAAAAUAAAAAAAACAUUUGAAACAAGUGUUUCACCAUAUAAAUUAUAUACAAAUAAUGAUUAUUUGAGAUCAGUUAUCCGACUAAAAUUAAUACUCAACAAACAAAUGUGAUUUGAAAUUUACUCACUCAUUUUUUAUUUUCAUCAUUAAUAAAAAACAGAUUUUCCAACAGUAAAACAGAUUAAACGAACGUAUCAAGUUGAUUGAAAUUAAUUGUGAAAUUCCAUAAAGAUAGUGUUUGAUUAUCAAAUUCUUAAAAUUCAUUCGCCAUUGAGAAAAGACUAUUGGAAGGUUUUAUAAGAAAUAUGAUUAAUAUUAUUUUUAAAUUAUCAACUAUUUUGCUGUCAAUAAAUAAUAUUGUUUCUUCAUUCAAUCCAUUGAAACAAUUUUGUUCAUUUGUUACACCAAACAGUGAUUCAGUGUAUUUCUACUUAUAUACAAAAAAUAUUGAAAAUAUUGCUAUUAAGCCAGAUAUAGAAUCAAUUAAAAAUGCUCCAUUUACUAAUGGCUCUGAUACACUUAAUGUUGUUGUUCAUGGAUUUGGAUCCAGUAGUCAAAUGCGCAAUAUAAUUGCAGUGCGUAGAGCCUAUUUAAAUGGAACGGUUGAACGAAAUGUGAUAAUGGUAGAUUAUUCAAAAGUUACUGGUCAAGUUUCUUCAUCAAAUAUAGUGACUUAUGGAAUCGAAUAUUUACAAGCUGUAUAUUGUGACUUACCAAUAAUAUCCAAAGCAAUAGCCAAUAUUAUUGAAAUAAUAUUAAAUACACGAUCCGAGAUUAAAAAAGUACAUUGUGUUGGUCAUAGUUUAGGAAGUCACAUCUGUGGUGAAAUGGGUAAUUUAUUUAAAAAAAAUGGAAAUAAAAUCUAUAGAAUAACUGCAUUAGACCCGGCCGAGCCAUUAUUUAAAUUGAGUCCAAAAAUUACUAAUCAAUGUGCUAAUUUUGUUGAUGUAUAUCACACAAAUAUUGGCCAUAAAGGAUUCACCAAUCCAUUGGGGACUAUAGAUUUUUAUAUAAACAAUGCCGUUAUACAACCUGGAUGUGUCAAGGAUAGGUCUUAUGACAAAUCAUUAGAUUGUUCUCAUAGAUCAGCACUUCUAUACUUUGCUAAGUCUGUUAAUGAUGAUAAUAUAAUGGCUAGCCCUUGUCCAGAUAUUAUAAAUAUUGUGGCUGAUAAAAGAUGUCAAUAUUUGAAAAUUGAUGAUAACAGUAAAAAUGAUUUGAAUAAUAUUUGUAUAAUAAAAUCAAAACAGUUAACAAAAAAUGACGUGGCGUUUGGAGAACAUGUACCAUAUAAUGCAUCUGGAAUAUAUUUUUUGGAGAUGGAAGAAUUGCCAUCAAGUGGUCUAUAAGUUGUUUGAAAUUAUAUAAUUGCAAAAUUCAUGAUAAUGAAACUCAAAAUUAUCAUUUUUAAUAAUUAUGUUUAAGAUAUUGAAAUAUAUUUUUUCUUCGAUAUUUAAUUUUUUGAACACUUAUAUUUAAAUAACUAUUUAAUUGUAUAAAUAAAUUUAAGAAAUAAAUGAGUAAUAAAAUAAAAUUUGUAUAGCUAUAUGUGAUAUGAAUAUUAA